AUGGAGGGGGCAGCAGCUGCUGCUGCACGCGACGGCGCAGACAGCACUGCACACAAGCAGCAGCAGAAGCAGCAGCAGCAGCAGCAGCAGCAGCAAAGAGCUUUGCAGGAACCUUCGAGAGACGAAGGGUCUCGCUGUGCUGCUGCUGCUGCUCUUUAUCAUCCCUGUGCUACAAAUGCGCCAGUAGACACUGCUGCUGCUGUUGCUGCAGCAGCAGCAGCAGUAGCACAGAGCGACUUCAACGAGGGUUUAUUUGCUGCUGAGACGAUACCAGAAGAGCAGCAGCAGCAGCAGCAGCACUGCCAGGAAUCCCAGGUGACGGCAGCUCUAUCCGUGUCAGUCAACAUUAGACAAACAGCAGCAGCAGCAACAGCAGCAGCAGCUGCUGCUGCUGCACACGAACAAGACAAGGAUGGAGAAAGAGGACAGCACCCGGCAGCAGCUGUGUCUGCUGCAGCGGCUGCAGCGCCCACGCCGCUGCCCGCAGCAGAGCACCUCGAGCCCUCCCCAGCAGCCAGCACCCACAGCAGCAGCAGCAGCAGCAACAGCAGCAGCAGCAGCAGCAGCAGCAGCAGCAGCAGCAGCAGACUGGCAGCAGACUGCAGAGGGAAAGUCUUCUUUUUUACCCACGGGCUGCUGGAGUCUUCUCUUAAUUGGAUCAGCAGCGGGUGGCUCUCUUUGCCUUUUGCUGCUGCAGCAAGAGGGGGAGAAGUUUGGCUUGCAAACUCCAGGGGCAACGAGUACACCCGACACCUGCAGCAGCAGCAGCAGCAGCAGCAGCAGCAGGCAGCGAAGGGAGGCGGCUUCUCCUUGUGGACGCUGCACGCCUUCAUUGCUGAGCAGCAGCUGCUCCUGCAGCAAGCCCAGCAGCAGCAGCAGCAGCAGCACGAGCAGAACCAGCAGCAGCAGGAACAGCAGCAGCAACAGCAGCAGCAGGUUGCUGCCGAUGAAGAGGUCUGCUCUCUAUUCUGCUGCCGCUGCAGCGGCCUCACGCCGCUGCCACAAUUGCGGGGAAAGCCCCAAGAGCAGCAGCAGCAGCUGCUGCUGAAUGCAUGCAGAGAGGCUUCCAUCUUGCUGCUGAAGAUGCGCUGGAGCAGGCAAGUAGCCACGCAGCAGCAGCAGCAGCAGCAAGAGCAGCAGCAGCACACUGAUCCCGCAAGGGGCGCCUCUUUUGCUUCUUUUUGCUUUGCGGAUGAAGGGCCCACAGAUUCUGCUGCUGCUGCUACUGCUGCAGCUGCGGGUAGCUGCGCACCUGCCACUGCGUGUAACCCCAAUUGCUGCUCAGUGGGGGGCGAUUUGCUGCAGCUGCUGCGCUGCUGCGAGGGCGCUGACCAGCAGCAGCAGCAGCAGCAGCAGCAGGGGAGCGACGACGGGUUGGGCUCGGAUUUUUCUGCUUCUACAAGAGGCAGCGCAUGCAACCCCUCUCGCAGCAGCAGCUUGAGAAGCGAUGUGCAGCAGCAGCAAGCUGCUGCUGCUGCUGACGAUAUAGCCGUUGCGCUUGCUGCUGCUGCUGCUGCUGCUGCUGCUGGGGAGCAGCAGGCCGUUGACCCAGCGCAAGGGGCUCAAGGAGCCCCGGGCUGCUGCUUUGGGUUGAACCGCAGCAGCAACAGCUGCGGCAGCAGCAGCAGCAGCAGCAGCAGCAGCUGUCCGCGCAUCUGCCGCAGCAGCAGCGACGCGCCGCCCUUUGCCUUCGGAGCAGCAGCAGCAGCAGCUUCUUGGUCCUUCAACGAAAUGGCUCUUUAUGAUUGUCCUGCGCAGCUGCAGUACAUCUGCAGCAAUUCGCGCGCGCUGCAGCAAAUGCGCAGCAAAGCCUUAGAGGCAGCAAAGACACGCAGCAGCAGCAGCAGCAGCAGCAGCAGCAGCAACUGCUGCAACUCCAGAUGCGGUUGCCAACGCAGCAGCACCACCAGCAGCAACGACGCGUGCAGCUGCAGCGCCGCCAACCGCAGCAGCAGCAGCAGCAGCAGCAGCAGCAGCGCGUUUGGGGGGGGCAUUGUGUGCGUGGGGCAGUCUCAAGGUGCAGCACAGCUGCUGAUUAGUUUUUCAAUUUGUCCUUCUUUGUGUCUUUUGUGUCCUUGUGGGGUUUUGUUUUCUCCGCCGCUGCUGCUGCAGCCGCUGCAGCAGCUGCCGCGUGCUGCGCUGCUGCUGCUGCAGCUCGGCAGCAAACACCCUGCUGCUGUCUUGGGGGCCCUCAAGCUUGCUGUCAAGCUGCUGCCGGGGGCCCUUUUAGCAGCAGCAGGAGAUGCUCUUGUGGGGGCCCGCAGCAGCAGCAGCAUGUGCUUCUACAGCUCCCAGCUGCAGCAGCAGCAGCUAAUCAUCAACUUCACGCACACGCCCUCAGGGGGCACCUCGCGCCAGAAUUUCGCACACUGGCUGCAGCAGCUGCGCAGCACAAAACCCUUGUCAACUUUGACUUCUGCUGCUGCUGAGCCUCCCAGCGGUGCAGCAGCAGCAACUGCAGCAGCAGCAGCAGCAGCAGCAGCAGCAGCAGGACUGCCAGAGCUGAUAUUGCCGCGAGGCCGAUACCCCAUAGAAAGAAUCCGCAGCAAACUUUUUGUAUUCCUUGGAACAGAUGACAAUCUCGUGAUGCCGGCAAGCGCUGCUUACCUCCAGCGCUGCCUGCCGCAGCAGCAGCUGCAGCUGCUGCUGCUGCAGGGCCUGGGGCAUUUAGACUGUGGCUGGGGGGGCCCUCGUGUCUUUGACAUGAACGCUUUGCUGCAGCAAAUCACCAGCUGCAGCAGCUGCAGCAGCAGCAGCAGCAGCAGCAGCAGCAGCUCGGCCCCUGAUUUUGGCUGA